UCCCUUUGUAUAUUUUCAGUUUAAUUUAGCAAAUUGAUCAAUAAAAAGUGAUAAAUUAUGUGAUCUUCGAGAUUCAAUAAUGUUUUAUCAGCAAGAUGUGGCUUUUAUGGAAGUUAACGAGAAACUGCACAAAAAGCAUGUAAUUUUAGCGGAUGUGAACAUACCGUAUAAAUUUUCACUGAGCAGAGCUAAAGACUGUUUGUUUUUCUGCAUAAACGCUGAUGAUUUUUCAGAGCACAGUUUUCACUCGGUCGUGUUAGACCUCCAAAGUGGAUUAGCGACGAUUAUACCGAGCAUACGCAAUGGGUUCGCGAGCGCCGUAGAUCAGACCACCGGCGCGGUGUACCUGGGGGGCAGCGAUGGCAUAUACCAAUACAACUUUCACACAAAAGAUGUCAACAAACCGGCUCUGAUAAGCGGUAUCGAUAUCUUUGAUAUGUACUUUCAAAAUAAUCUAUACUUCGUAGACACGGCCAACCAGAACCUCUACAUUUAUAAAGACAACAAACCGAUUAUAAUACCUGAGCUGAAAGACUAUCAGAUACAACACUUCGUUGUAGACGCUCAAGAUAAUGUGAUGUUUGUGAAUUCAACUGGGUUAUUUAUACUGACGAAAGGUUCUAAAUUAGCAACUCUAUAUGAUGACAGAAAUAUUACAUUUCGAGGAGCAACCACAGAUGUUGUUGGUGUUCCUCAUUUCAUUGCACAAGAUGGAAUCUACACAAUCGAUGAAAAUAAGGAAUUAGUAAAAAUAUUGUCACUCGAAAAUGGCUAUGGGCUAGCGUUUGAUAAAGAUGAUAACAUCAUUUAUAGCGAUGAACGUACUGUAAACAAACUAGUAUCUCAUGAAAAAACCAAAGCACGGUUACAGGAAGCUGCGUUAGCUAAUCAACGAAAAUGUUAAUUCAUCAA